CCAAACCUGCAAAUGACUUAUGAUUGGUAUUUUAUUAUAUUUAAAUAGGCAGACGACCAAUGCUGCACUACCGUUGACAUUUUACACAGCCAAACCUUAUGCUGCCAUAACCGGCUGAUAUGACAUUGUAUCUAAAUCGACAGCGACCUAUUCUAUCAGCAACCACGUGAUGUCUUGAUGUACCUACAUCGACGGACGACUUUUGUUGAAAGUGACCACCUGAUACCGUGCUGUAUUUACAUCGACAUAUGACCUAUGCUAUCAUUGCCUGUGGUCAACUCGUAUUUAAAUAGGCAGACGACUGUUUGAUACUAUCAACAAUGGGGAUCAUUAGGUACAAGUGUGUGGUUAUCGGAUGUAUAUCAGUUACUUUACUGUGUUGCUUUUACAUCUUCGAAAGUAACUCCCAGAAUGGUCAAGACAUCGAAUUCAAACAGGAUCAGAUGAAGGGACAAUACCUUGACCACAGUACAGGGAUGAAGGAUACAUGGAAUAAGCGUAUCCAACAUUUGCAGGAAGGAUGUUAUAGUACUGACCGAAAAGAGCAAUACAAAAUAAAGGACCAGCAAGCCGAAGCAAUUUUCUUUCAAUCAAGGAAACUGAACAUAAGUGUUUGUAAAGUCGCAAAAGCUGGAAGUACAUUUUGGGCGAUUGUGUUUUUAAUCGUAGAGAAAGGAAUACCGGCGAAUAAAGCCUUCAGCUUUCCCAGGAAUAAAAUACACGCUUUAAGCGCUGGAUUUACUAAAAAAUUAGAUUCCAAUCCUAAACCAUUGACUACAAAGGGUAUUGUUGUUUCCCGUGACCCCUAUUCAAGAUUAUUUUCUGCAUUCAUAGACAAAUAUUUUUUAUUACGAUUUGCAUCUAUCGCUCAUUCACUUGCGCAGUCAUUAGGGAAGGGAUUUUAUAAAACCGAAGUAGGGGAUUGUGGAUAUAACAUAUCUUUCCAAGAUUUUAUUGACAGCGUAACUACAAAAGCUCUACAUGGAAGCAUCAUCAACCGACAUUGGAGUCCCGUUUACGCCAUGUGUAGAGUCUGUGACGUGGGAUAUCAGUAUGUCAUUCAACAGGAGACAAUGACACAAGAUACGGAGCACAUCAUCGACCAGCUGAACAUCAGCAACGAAAUAAAAUCAACACUAAGGCUGAUGUUUCGUGGAUCUGGUACAAAUAAGACGAUGGGGGGAGUCAUUAAAACAAUGUGGGGUGCCAUUGACAACCCUGUGAUGCGAUCAUGUUGUAGCAACAAACUCGCUUACUUCAUGAAAAUGUGGGAAGGAUUCAAAAUACAAGGCUACAUAAGAACAAAUAUAUCGUUUCCGUUAUCGGAAUUUCAGACGAAUGACAACGUUAACGUUGAAGACAUCACCAAGGCUGUUUUAGCAGCAAUGCAUACUUAUCCUUUAUCAAGCACAGAAAGAAAGGCUCAACGGAGACAAGCUUUAGUUACCGCAUAUGUAGGCAUGCCUAGACGUAUCAUAGCUCAAAUUCAGGAAAUGUACAAAAUGGAUUUUUUUCUGUUUGGAUACGAUGCUAAUCCACCAUCUUAAAUGGAUUAUUAAUUUUUGUACUUUUCAUGAUAUGAAAAGCGGUAAUUAUUUACAAGUGAUAAAAGGUAUAUCAAUAGAAAUGAAGAAAAACAGCUUUUAUAAAAUCUUUGCUUACGGUUUGGUGUUUGUUAAGUAAACCGAGCCUAGAUGUUACAUUGGUGGAUAAACACAUGCAUAUUAUUAACUUGUUCAAUACAAUUGUAAACUUCAUAACGUUGUAAAUAGUUCGGUUAGUGACGAGCAGCUAAAACAUUGACGUGCCUCGCUCUCUCGCUGCAAAUUACAUUUUGGAAAUAAUGCUGGAUGAUUUGUAGCUUUAAAUUUGUUAUGUGUUAUGAAUAUAAAAUCUCU